AUGGAGUUCCUGUCUCUCUACCAGCUGACCCUUCAGAAGCAGGCAUUGGAGAGGGAUACAGACGCUUUGAAAGAGAAAGUCAAAUGGACUGAGGGUGAACUGAAGGAGAGCCAGAGGAAAGAGGCCCAAAUACAAACCAAACUAACGGAGUCACUGGGUGAGAGGGAGGGGCUGAAUGUAACACUGGAGCAGAACAGGAGGAGAGAGACAGGACUGGAGGAGGAGGUGAAGAAGCUGGCAGAGGCCCUCAGAUGCAUCAAAGAACUAGAAGAUCAGAAGACGGUCCAAUCCACUGCUGCUCCAAUGGCUCCAGUCCCGUUUAGCCCUGCCGGACAGAGCUUUGCCCCGGUCUCACAACCACGACAUGGCCACACCACCCCACGCACACCCUCGGCUCAGACCAACAGACCUGCUAGAGGGGAACAAGCGAGGGAGGAGCGAGAGGAGAGAGGGAACGAGGGACAGAGAGCAAAGUACCCCACAGAGCGAGAGCCUGGCGAGGGCAUUGACUCAGAGCACAUCACUCCAUUUGGAUCCACAGACUCUGACAAAACAAAGAGGGCAGGAGAAAGGGGGAAAGGGGAGGAGAGGAAACGAAAGAAUGAGAGACAAGACGAGGUAGAGUCGGUAGUAGAUGGUUGCAUCCCUGGAAAGGAUGCUUCCACCAAGGACAUAAACUCACUCAGCACACAGAGCUCUCUUUCUGACACAGACCACAGUCCCCACCUCACCAGGUCCGCUGGCUCCGACACAGACUACGAGAGCGAGACCCUGUCCAGCCACUCCAAACCCCGAGCCCAGACCACCGGGGCUGAGGGAGACCUACAGAGGGAGAACAGAGAGCUACGUUCAGAGUUGCAGGAUGUUAAGGAUGAGUUACAAAGGAGACUGGAGGAUCUGGAGACCCAGCGCAGAGCGGAGGCCGAGGCCAGGACCAGGCUCAAGCAGCUCAGCCGCAAACACGCCUCCCAGGCUGAGACCUCCAGAGAGAAGGAGAGGAGGGGGAGUUAGAGGAGAGAGCAGAGACGGGAGGUUGAAGGAGGCACUGGCUGAACUUGAGAUAAAGGUCAGGAGAGAUGGAAAGGACAGGGAGAGGGGGAGAGA